GCCAGGGCGAUGGAACCUCAGCACGUGCGCCCGGCGCCCGGCGCCCGCAGCCCGGCCUGGGAGGAACCGGGGUCGGAGUCGGACCGGAUGGCCGGGGCUGGCAGCCAGCACCACCCUCCAGGCGCUGCGGGAGGAACCGCCGCCGCAGCCGCCACCGCCGGGACCCCCGGUGCGGUGGGCCACCCCGCCGCGGCCUCCGCGGGACCGGGAGAGGACUCGUCGGACAGCGAAGCGGAGCAAGAGGGUCCCCAGAAACUGAUCCGUAAGGUGUCCACCUCCGGGCAGAUCCGGACCAAGACCAGUAUUAAAGAGGGACAACUAUUGAAGCAAACCAGUUCUUUCCAAAGAUGGAAAAAGCGAUACUUCAAGCUCCGAGGCCACACACUUUAUUAUGCAAAGGACUCUAAGUCGCUGAUAUUUGAUGAAGUUGAUCUCUCAGAUGCCAGUGUUGCUGAAGCAAGCACAAAAAAUGCCAACAACAGCUUCACGAUAAUCACUCCAUUCAGAAGGCUGAUGUUGUGUGCUGAGAACAGAAAGGAGAUGGAAGAUUGGAUCAGCUCUCUGAAGUCUGUACAAACUCGUGAACCUUACGAGGUGGCCCAGUUUAAUGUGGAACAUUUCUCAGGGAUGCAUAACUGGUACGCCUGCUCUCAUGCCCGCCCCACCUUCUGUAACGUGUGCAGAGAGAGUCUUUCUGGAGUCACCUCCCAUGGCCUAUCCUGUGAAGUGUGUAAAUUCAAGGCUCACAAAAGGUGUGCAGUCAGGGCAACAAAUAACUGCAAAUGGACCACACUAGCUUCCAUUGGGAAGGACAUCAUAGAAGACGAAGAUGGAGUUGCUAUGCCUCACCAAUGGCUCGAGGGCAACCUGCCCGUGAGUGCCAAGUGUGUGGUCUGUGACAAAACAUGUGGCAGUGUUCUCCGUCUACAAGAUUGGAAAUGCCUUUGGUGUAAAACAAUGGUACACACUGCCUGCAAAGAUUUAUAUCCUCCUGUCUGCCCACUUGGCCAAUGCAAAGUAUCUAUCAUACCUCCAAUUGCACUAAAUAGCACUGAUUCUGAUGGUUUCUGUAGAGCAACGUUUUCAUUCUGUGUUAGUCCUCUGUUGGUUUUUGUCAAUUCUAAGAGUGGAGAUAACCAGGGAGUAAAGUUCCUUCGUCGUUUUAAACAGUUGUUAAAUCCGGCUCAGGUGUUUGAUUUAAUGAAUGGAGGUCCUUACUUAGGUUUAAGAUUAUUUCAGAAAUUUGACAAUUUCCGGAUUCUGGUUUGCGGAGGAGAUGGAAGUGUAGGCUGGGUUCUGUCAGAAAUUGACAAGCUCAACCUACAUAAACAGUGUCAGCUCGGGGUGUUGCCAUUGGGUACUGGCAAUGACCUUGCUCGAGUCCUUGGCUGGGGAGGUUCUUAUGAUGAUGACACUCAACUUCCUCAGAUUCUAGAGAAGCUGGAACGAGCCAGUACCAAAAUGUUGGACAGGUGGAGUAUAAUGACGUAUGAGCUCAAACUGCCACCAAAGGCUUCUUUACCUCCAGAAGCGCCUGAAGAAUUUUAUAUGACAAUUUAUGAAGACUCAGUUGCAAGUCACCUUACAAAAAUCCUCAACUCUGAUGAAGAUGCAGUGGUCAUAUCAUCUGCCAAGAUUCUCUGCGAAACUGUAAAGGACUUUGUUGCCAAAGUAGAGAAGGAAUAUGACAAAAGGAUGGAAAAUGCAGUGGUAGCCGAAGCCGUUGCCAGCAAAUGUUCAGUCCUCAAUGAGAAGCUUGAACAACUGCUACAAGCCUUGCACACAGAUUGCCAGACUGCUCCUGUCCUCCCAGGCAUGGGCCCUGCCAUCCUAGAAGAAGAUACUGUGGAAUCUUCCAGUGAAGAGUCCUUGUGUGAAAGCAAAGACCAGCUCUUGGAUGACAUCACAAAACCCUCCUCCCAGAAAGCUGUCAAACCCAGGGAGAUAAUGCUACGUGCGAACAGUUUAAAGAAGGCAGUGAGGCAAGUCAUUGAAGAGGCCGGAAAAGUGAUGGAGGAGCCGACAGUCGGGCCCUGGGAGCCAGCUAGCCAGCCCUGCGAUUCCCAUGGAGCAGGCAUAGAUGGGCCUAAGGAUGAAGCCAGAGCUGAUGAUAACAGAGAGCCACUCACUGUCAGAACUGCGCCUCGGUCUCCAGAUGCCAGGGCAUAUCGUGGCUGUCCCCACACUGAUUCUGUUCCUGGGUCCGCAGUGACUGCCACCAAAGAAAACCUCCCAGUUCUCAAUACUAGAAUAAUUUGCCCAGGUUUAAGAGCAGGAUUAGCUGCCUCUAUUGCUGGGAGCUCUAUCAUCAACAAAAUGCUACUAGCAAACAUCGAUCCUUUUGGUGCAACACCGUUUAUCGACCCUGACCUAGAUUCAAUAGAUGGCUAUUCAGAAAAAUGUGUCAUGAACAAUUACUUUGGAAUUGGAUUAGAUGCCAAAAUUUCAUUAGAAUUUAAUAAUAAGAGAGAGGAGCACCCUGAAAAAUGCAGGAGCCGAACCAAAAACUUGAUGUGGUAUGGAGUCCUUGGUACUCGGGAAUUAUUACAGAGAUCCUACAAGAAUUUAGAACAAAGGGUUCAACUUGAGUGUGAUGGGCAGUAUAUACCUCUUCCCAGUCUGCAAGGCAUCGCUGUGCUGAACAUCCCCAGCUAUGCCGGAGGUACCAACUUCUGGGGUGGAACCAAAGAGGAUGAUAUAUUUGCUGCACCAUCAUUUGAUGACAAGAUCCUGGAAGUUGUUGCAAUAUUUGACAGCGUGCAAAUGGCAGUUUCAAGAGUCAUAAAACUGCAGCAUCACAGAAUAGCCCAGUGUCGCACAGUAAAAAUUACUAUAUUUGGCGAUGAGGGAUUGCCAGUGCAGGUGGAUGGUGAAGCAUGGGUCCAGCCUCCAGGGAUUAUCAAAAUUGUGCAUAAAAACAGAGCUCAGAUGCUAACAAGGGACAGAGCCUUUGAGAGCACUUUGAAAUCUUGGGAAGAUAAACAGAAGUGUGACUCUGGUAAACCAGUUGUGCGAACACACUUGUAUAUCCACCAGGCCGCUGACCUGUUAACAGAGGAGGUGUCCCAGAUGCAGCUUUGCUCCCAGGCUGCAGAGGAACUCAUUACUAGGAUUUGUGAUGCAGCCACCAUUCACUGUCUCUUAGAACAAGAACUGGCCCAUGCCGUGAACGCAUGCUCCCAUGCCCUGAACAAAGCCAACCCAAGGUGUCCGGAGAGUCUUACAAGAGAAUCGGCCACUGAAAUAGCCAUCAAUGUGAAGGCGUUAUAUAAUGAGACAGAAUCUUUGCUAGUUGGCAGGGUUCCAUUGCAGUUGGAGUCUCCACAUGAAGAGCGGGUAUCCAGUGCCUUACACUCUGUGGAGGUGGAGUUGCAGAAGUUAACAGAGAUCCCCUGGCUUUAUUACAUCUUACACCCCAACGAGGAUGAGGAGCCUCCCAUGGACUGCACUAAAAGAAACAACAGAAGCACAGUAUUCCGUAUAGUGCCAAAGUUUAAAAAGGAAAAGGUUCAGAAGCAGAAGACAAGCUUGCAGCCUGUCCAGAAAUGGGGCACAGAGGAAGUUGCUGCUUGGCUGGAUCUGCUCAAUUUGGGAGAGUACAAAGAAAUCUUCAUCCGUCAUGACAUCAGAGGGGCUGAACUUUUGCAUCUGGAAAGGCGAGACCUUAAGGACCUGGGGAUACCGAAAGUGGGUCAUAUGAAGCGAAUUCUUCAGGGAAUUAAAGAGCUUGGAAGGAGUACUCCCCAGUAUGAAGUGUAAUCAUAUUGGUGCUAUUCCUUGGAAGAGAAGUGUUUGCUACUCAAUACAAAGUUCUUGGAAGCAUUUGGCUGUUGUUGUAGUUUUCUGCAUUGACAAGUAAGCACCACGGAAGCACCUCUAUGGCUUGAUGUUUUGCUGUGGGUGAAAAUUUUGAUUUGAAGUAUUAGGAAAUAUUUUUGUGCCAAAAUAACAUUCCAUAAAGCCAUUUUCUUAUAGUGCAAACCUGACAUGUUCAAAUAUGCUCACAAUAGUU